AUGAUGGUAAAGGUAGACCUCUUAUUUCUUGGAGAUGUCGCUGUUGUGAACCUGGCCGAUACUGUACAGAAAUUAUUUUCAAGUACAGCAGAAGUCACCGUCACAGUGAGUGAUGUGAAGAAGGUGGCAGCGUUUUUGGAUGAUUGCACAUUCAACAUGGUUUUUCUAAAGAUGACUUCCUUACCAAUUGCUGAGGAGCUGGAAGCUGUGAAAUUAAUUAGGUUUGCCAAGAAGAAAAACACACAUUUGCUGUUCGUUUUUAUAAUUCCUGAAAAUUUUGAAGAUUGUAUUUCAGGGCACGGAGCUGAUAUUAUUUUAACUGAACCACUGACAAAGGAAAAAAUGAGUAUUCUGGUAAAUUACUGGAAAAUACAUUUCUCAAAAACUGAACAUGCUGUCGGUGAUGUGUACAAACAUCCAGUUCCCAGGGUAGCGCUCACUCUCAGUUCUUUCCAUGCUGCUCUGCCCGUCAGAUGCUAUUCUGAAGUUGCUCCUUCUCACGAGGCUGCUGCAGUAACAAGCGAGAACAUCUCGGUUCAUUUCCCUUCAGUUGUGCCCAGAGUCUCAAAGUUUCUCCCUCAGCACUGCACUUCUCUGUUGGGCUAGACCUGCAGCACGUGUCCCCACUGCCUGGCAGACGAGCAGCAGUUGUACAGUCUGAUGAGCUGGGGCCUCCGUAAGGAGUCUCGAGAGGCCCUGGUGGGGCCCAUGUCCACGUGGGGAGUCCGGGCGGGCGGGCGCUGUGGAGGACCCAUGGUGAUGUCACAGCUGGGUGCUGCGCCCCCUGCCUGGCUGUCACUCCUGGGGGGCCGUCAUUAG